CCAUAAAGGCCAGGCCAGCCUGCGACCUGCUACCCCUGCUGUCCAGCAACUGAUUCAGAGUGCCCUCCGGCCCAGCCAUGAAGCUCCUGCUGUCGCUCUCGGUCUUGGCGGUGGCUCUGUUGAUGGUUUUGGAAGGCCCAGCUCCGGCCCAGGCCGACUCAGACAUCCUGGGCAACCUGCAGAAACCUUGGGACACCAUGAAGGACCAGGUCCAGAAAGUCAUUGAAACAGUCAAAAAGUCUGACGCCUGGAAAUGGAUUUCGGGUAAAUUCCAUAAAGCUAAGGAGUCAAUAAAAAAUCCAUUCUCCUGAACACCAGGAGGGCUGCCCCUUUCUUGUGUGGCUGCGCCCCUGGAGGGGGCUCUAACAUUUCCCCCGCACCGGCCCCCUGUGCAGAGGACUUCCUCCAUUAUGCCCCACAUUCCCUCCCACCACCACCACCAAUAAAAAUCCUAUAGAGAAA